GUAUGAAACGGUGAGACCAGUGUUUUAUAUGCCCUGCUGAAAAAUCCAGAUCAGGACUAGUUUUACUGGUUGCUGGUUUCAGCUGGUAAAAUCAUACCCGUUGCUAAUUAGCAAGCUGGUUAAGCAGCUUCUGACCAGCAUAGUACAGUCCAGUGCUUUUCAAACAUGGCCCUGUGGACCCACUGCCCUUCAUAUUUCAGAGCUCUUCCUGUUUAACACAGCCACUUUAACUCAGGAACGGCUGUUAAUGAGCUGAUUAGUUGGAUCAGUUGUGAUGGGAGCUGGGACACCAGGACCAGGACUGAAAAACACUGAUGUACAUUUGAUUUGGUCAUACUGGUCAACCAGCUCGGUCUUGCAUAAUCAAGCACGGUCAUACUGGUGGUCUGUCUCGGUCAGCUCGAUCAUGCAAGUAGACCAGAUAAACCAUUAAACUCAUAAAAACACAGGAUCUAAACUGCUUAACCAGCUCGAGCUGUUUCCUGUCGUGUUGGUCUCUCAGAUAGAAGAGAUUUCAUGUUACACCCAACAAAAUGUGAAGUGCAGUAGAAGUUGAUUUCCUUUUGUGUAACAGCUGUAGUACAAGUAUCUCUGAACAACAAAGCUUUGUACUUAGAAUAAUUACAGUACUUUACUGAUGAAUUGCAAAUGUGUCUUAGUAGAUGGAUGAUGUGGUGAUUUGUUUCUCUUUUCAGAGCAUGGAGAACACAAAGCCUGUUGGCAGAGUGAGGCCAAACAAGAAGGCUGAGCAGGAAGAGAGUGACGACUCCAUUAAUUUGUCUGAAGAGGAUCUGGUGUCAUCACAUUCGGAAUAUGAACCUGAUGGCAGCGAGUCUGACUCUGAAAGUUGUCUCUCCCUUUCAACCCAGCUGUCUUCCAGCUCGGUCCUGUCCAAGGAAGUUGAAAACGGUACGUCCAUGUCAACAAAACAAAAAAAAUCAAAGAUUACAGUAAAAUGCAGCACAAAAACUGACAAUGGCAAACGGAUCUGGAACAAGAAACAUUUUUGUCUGUACUGUAAAAAACCAAACAGUAAAAUAGCUCGCCACUUGGAAAGAAAACAUGGUGAAGAAACGGAGGUUGCCCAAGCUCUAAGUUUUCCUAAAGGGUCCAAGCGAAGGGCAGCUUUGCUUGAGGAAAUUCGAAACAAAGGGGACUUUGAGCACAAUAUAGACGUUCUUGAGAAUGGUGAUGGGCAGCUGAUCACCUGGCGACAACCCAAGGCCAACGCAAGUCCAAACAAUUACCUGCCAUGUCCCCAGUGUUGGGGAUUUUUUGUUAAAACAGAUCUGUGGAAGCACGAGAUUUCCUGUAGGGUAAGGCAAGCAAAGAACUUAAAGAAGACAAAAAGGAUUCAGUCAUGUGCAUCCCGCCUAGUUCCAGUGUCAUCUUCAGUUUCUUCAGGCUGCAAGGAUGUGUUACACAGUAUGCAUCAAGAUGAGAUCAGCAUUUGUGUCAGAAAUGACCCUCUCAUUUGUAAAUUUGGAGAUGUUUUAUUUGAAAAACACGGACAUAACAAAUUUCAACAUUCCUACAUCGCUCAGAAAAUGCGAGAGCUAGGGAGGUUUUUGAUAGCCGCCAGAGAGAUUGAUAACAGUGUAUGUAUGCUCCAAGAUGUCCUUGUGCCAGGAAAAUUCCAAACUGUUGUGGAAGCGACAAGAACAGUCAGUGGCUUUAUGGCUUCACAGAACGAGUAUAAGACACCUUCUCUAGCAUGUAAAAUUGGAUAUUCGCUCAAGAGAGCAGCGGAAAUACUGGUAGGGGAGAGCCUAAUAAGUGGAAACACUAGAACAGAGAGGGAUGCAAAGAAGUUCAUUGAGGUGAUGGAGACACAGUGGAACACCUAUGUGUCAGGACGUGCCCUUAACACUCUAAAAACAGCCAAGUGGAACAAAGAUGAAAUGAUUCCCCUGACUGAAGAUAUCAUGAAGUUGCAGAAACAUCUUAAAGCACUGGAAAAAGAUGCAGUGCUUGGACUCUCGGUUGCACCCAGUGUUUCAGACUGGAAGAAACUUUGUCAGAGCCUUCUCACACAGAUAAUCCUCUUCAAUAGAAGGAGGGAAGGAGAAGCCUCAAAAUUACUCCUGGCAACAUACCAAACACGGAACAGAGCUCCAGCUCACCCAGAAGUGUACGAGAGCCUUUCCAAACUUGAAAAGUCACUUGUCAACAACUUCACGCGACUGGAGAUACGAGGGAAGAGAGAGCGAAAAGUCCCAUUGCUCCUCACACAUGACAUGGAGGCAUCGAUAGACAUUCUGAUAAGCAACCGAACUGCAGUAGGUAUCUGCAGUGAAAACCCUUUUGUGUUUGCCCGAAUUUCAGGAACCAGCCAUAUGAGAGGGUCAGACUGCCUCCGCCAAUUUUCAUUGGAAUGCCAGGCCAAACAUCCAGAGUGUUUAAGAUCCACCAGAUUAAGGAAGCACAUAGCCACUCUUUGCCAAAUGAUGAACUUGAAAAAUUCAGAAAUGGAUCAGGUGGCAAAGUUCAUGGGUCACGAUAUACGUGUCCACCGUGAAUAUUACAGACUCUCUGAAAACACCAUUCAGCUUGCUAAAAUUAGCAAACUGUUGAUUGCCAUAGAGAAAGGAAAUCACACUUAUCUGGGACGGUCUCUAGAGGAGCUGGAGCUGGAUGGAGACACUCUGGAUGGUGAAAAAUCAGAUGGUGAAUGUCCGCCAGGCGAAAAGAAGCAAAAGACAUCCUCGAGAGCUCCAUCCCCUCAGGAUCAUUUGGAGACGGGUGUCGAGGGUUCUUGUGGAGAACAACAAUCAGAUGGUGAAUGUCUGCCAGGCAAAAAGAAGGAAAAGAGGUCCUCAAAGGCUUCAUCCCCGAAAGAUAAGUUAGCAACAUGUGAAGAGGAUUCUUGUGGAGAAGAAAAAUCAAACCGUGAAUGUUCGCCAGUCAAAAAGAAGCAAAAGAUGUCCUCUGGAGCGUCAUCCCAAGAAGAUCAUUUGGAGACAAGUGACAAGGAUACUUCUGCAGAACAACAAUCAGAGAACGUUCGUUCCCCUGUCCGAAAGAAGAGGCCUUCCUCCAGGACUCAAAAUGCAGACCUUGUUGAAGAUGUAGAGACAAGAAAAUCAGAUCGUAAACACACAGUCCAGCCCAGGCGACCAUGGACCGACAGAGAGAAGGAGGCAGUGUGGCGUCACCUGACAAAGUAUCGUGCCCUAAAGAAUGUUCCAGGAAAAGCGGACUGCCUUCGGUGCAUCCAAGCAGAGCUUGCUUUGAAGACAAGAACAUGGAAAGACAUCAAAAAUUUUGUUUACAAUAGUAUUACAACAGAAAAGCGAAAGGCUGCUUCUCUCAUUACAAAAACCUAGACAGUAGAUCUGUUUAAGGUACUUUGCACUUUACAGUACAGUUACAGUUCAGAUCAGUGCAGCUGCACACCACUGUUCCAGUUAACCCUGCAGCUCCACACUACAGUUCAGGUGACUGUACACUACUGUUAAUAUAAAACUACCUCUACACAACUGUUCAGGUGACUGUACACU